CUUGGGACCUUGUCCUCGUCUACUCCAUCCGCAGCCGGUCCUCACUCCUCUGUCCUCUGCUCCCGCUCCUCCAGUCCUCCUCAAAAGGCUCUCUCAAAAAAGAGUCUUUUUUCCACCGCUGGGAGUAGUUGGCCUUGGAACCGAGCGAGCGAAGCGAGGGAGCAAGAUUUGACUGCUGGCGAGAACAAGUGAGAGGAGCUAGCUCCCAGCAAAGCUCCGUGCCCCCGCGUGCGUCAUGGACUCCUUCAGCCUCCUCAAGUACCUGCACGGCGGCGUGGCCGCCGGCGCCCAGCGCGCGCCCGCGGCCUCCACGACCAUCGCCGCGUCGGCGUGCGAGAACGGCGACGGCGACGGCGACGACGACGCCGCCUCCUUCUUCGACCUGGAGUUCGCGGUGCCCGGCGACGAGAGCGCCGCGUCCGACGCCGAGGAGGAGCGGGUGGAGUUCAACUUCGCCGUGGCGCCCGGUGCCGCCGACACGGUGGCCGUGGCCGUGGACGCGCCGGCCGCGGAGGCGGAAGCCGAGUCCGAGGCCGACGCCGAAGCCCCGCCGCCGGCGCCGCUGCUCCGCCCGGCCACCAGGUUCCGCGUCCUGCUGCUCAAGCUGAGGAAGCCCAAGGCCCCGCCGGCGGAUGGGGCCGGGGCCGGGUCCGCGCAGGCGCCGCCGAGGCAGCCGGCCGUGGCGAGCCGGUUCCUGGUGAAGUUCCGCGUGGAGGACGCGCCGCUUGCGUCGCUCUUCACGCGCGACAACAGCUCGCGCACUUCGGACGCCGGCGUGGACCGGCGGGCUCCGGCGGCGGCGGCGGCGGUGGAGGCCCAGCAGCAGGAGGAAGAGGAGGCGUCGGCGUCGGCGUCGGUCACGGCGGAGGAGCGGCGGUUCGCCAAGGAAGUGGUGCUGCGGUACCUGAGCAGCAAGAUCAAGCCGCUGUACGUGAAGGUGUCCCGGCGGUACGGCGAGCGGCUGCGGCUCGGCGGCGCGGCGAGCGAGGGCGAGGAGACGGACGCGGAGCCCGACCCGUCCCCGGCGCCGCCGUCCCAGGCUCCUUCGUCGUCGGCCCCGGCCCCGGCGCCGGCGCCGCAGCCGGUGGUGGUUGCCUGCGGCGUGCGCGCGCCCCGCGCCGGCGUGCCCGCGGGGCUGAGGCAGGUGUGCAAGCGGCUCGGGAAGAGCCGGUCGGCGUCGUCCGCGGUGGCCGCGGCGCCGUCUCCCGCGGCGGCGGCUGCUCUGACGGGCCCGCAGGCGCAGCGGCGGGACGACUCGCUGCUGCAGGUGCAGGACGGCAUCCAGAGCGCCAUCGCGCACUGCAAGCGCUCCUUCAACGCGUCCAAAGAACCUCGGUCCAUGACGGCGACGACGGGCGGCGCCGGGGAAGGCGCGUGAGGCGGUCCCGUACGUGGCGCCAUGACGGGAAAGGCGUGACGCGGACUGUGGUGGUGUUGUCAGCGUACGUAGAUGGUGGUAGUCGGCUAUCCGUUAAUAAAGAUAAAAUAUUAGUACUAGUAAGGUUUGGACCGGAAGAAAGGUUUGUCUUUAGCGCCGCGCUGUGGGCUGUCUACUUGGAUCAUCAUAGUUUUUGUCUGUCUGUCCGUUCCGGUGCCGGUUCUGUGGUGCUUGUGUGCUGUGCUGUGUAGCAGUGGCCACUGAGGCACUGACUGACUGGCCAGUGGUAAACGUGCUCCUCCUAUAUAUUAUAUUAUUAUUAUAUAUGUAAAAUAUUGCUAA